CACAGAGUGCGAAUCGUGACUUCUGUUUUUCCCCUAACCUUUUCACUGCUGUCCUUCGUACGGCUCUUCAGUCACUGAUCAUGGCGCAUCUUUGGGCCCCAGCUCCCGAGCCAGUCACUGAACUGGGGCGGUACCGCAUCCUCUCCUCCACUGCCGGAAUCCGUGUCUCUCCGCUUCAGCUUGGAGCCAUGUCUAUUGGAGAUGCGUGGGCAGACUCCAUGGGCUCCAUGAGCAAAGAAGAGGCAUUCAAACUUCUUGACGCUUUCUAUGAAGCCGGCGGAAAUUUCAUUGAUACAGCAAACAACUACCAAGAUGAACAAUCGGAAACCUGGAUCGGGGAAUGGAUGACUGAGCGCAAGAACCGUGACCAGCUGGUAAUUGCCACCAAGUUCACCACAGACUUUCGGUCAUACAAGCUGGGCAAAGGAAAGGCGCCUAAUCAUUGCGGUAAUCACAGGCGAAGCCUCCAUAUGAGUGUCCGCGAGUCGCUGAAAAAGCUGCAAACUGAUUGGAUUGACAUUUUGUAUGUCCAUUGGUGGGAUCAAACCACAUCAAUCGAAGAAGUCAUGGAUAGUCUUCAGAUCCUGGUAGAACAGGGCAAGGUACUCUAUCUGGGCAUUUCGGAUACGCCUGCAUGGAUUGUGUCAGCAGCAAACCUAUAUGCGCGCUCUCAUGGGAAAACCCCUUUCAGCAUCUACCAAGGCAGAUGGAAUGUCAUGCUACGCGACUUUGAACGAGAAAUCAUCCCUAUGGCACGCCAUUUUGGAAUGGCACUUGCCCCGUGGGACGUCCUGGGAGGAGGAAAGUUCAAGACAAAGAAAGAAAUUGAAGAACGCAAGGCUCGGGGCGAGGGCCUCCGAAGCAUCUUGAGUUCGGAUCAGAGUGAAGAAGAGGCUGCGAUGAGCGCAGCACUCGAGAAGGUGGCCAAUGAACAUGGGAUCAAGUCUCUAACUGCGGUUGCCCUGGCAUAUGUUAUGGCGAAAGCGCCAAAUGUGUUUCCUCUUGUUGGCGGUCGCAAAGUGGAACAUCUCAAGGAAAAUAUCAAGGCUCUUAGUCUGAGAUUGACGGCGGCGCAAGUUGAAUAUCUUGAGAGCCAAACCCGCUUUGAUGUUGGGUUUCCCGGCAACUUCAUCGGCCCCGAUCCCAAGGUGACUGGCAAAGCAUCAUUCCUCUUGGCUGCCAAUGGUGCGUAUUCCUUCGUGCGGUCACCCACCUCUGUUACGAGCCCAGAAUAGAUUCGAUAUUACGAAAAGCUAGUUUUGAGGUGUGUGUGUCUAGACUAGUCAUGUUCUGGCUCGGAGCUUUGAACUAGCAACGAAUGAAAGUAUUACUAUGGGGUCAAAGCUGGGGCGUCCUGUAAUCAUUGCAAAGACUUCACAGCUCAUACAAAUCUAGUAGGCUAGGACACGAAGCCGGGACUGAGGGGUCCGAAAAAGCGAUCAGAGCCAGGUCUCCAAUAGAGUCAUUUCAAUCGCUAGUUUUAGAUGAAUUCAAGCCCUUCCUACAGUCACAAGUUAGCAGUAUUCCAC